CCUUCACCCUCUUCUCUUCUUGCUUUACAUGUCCUUUCCUAUUAAUGUGGAAAUAUCAACAUACCAAAAACUAAAUUGCAGAAAGCCAAAUUCAAGAUUUGAGUUCAUCAAAGAGUUACCAUGAAGUUUCCUUUUCCAUUUACCAGUUGUUUUAGUUCCUCAUCUGGUACAAUGGAUACCAGCCAAAUUAACCCAUAUGAUGGACAAAGAGCUCAGAAGUUCUCAGUGUUCUCUUACAAGGAAUUAAAGGCUGCAACUCAUGGAUUCAGAGCAUCAAGUAGAAUUGGAGAGGGAGGAUUUGGUUCUGUUUACAAGGGUCGGCUUGAAGAUGGAAGCAGUGUGGCUGUAAAGGUUCUAUCAAUUGAAUUAGAAACAAUGCGAGGUGAAAGGGAAUUUAUAUCAGAAAUAGCUGCAUUGUCUGAUAUUAGACAUGAAAAUCUUGUCACCCUCAGAGGAUAUUGUGUGGAUGGGACCGACAGACUCUUAGUCUAUGAAUACAUGGAAAAUAAUAGUCUAACACAAUCUCUUCUAGGGGAAGAUCACAACAGAAGUAAAUUUACAUGGGAACUUAGGAGAGAAAUUUCUAAAGGAAUAGCAAAGGGACUUUCAUAUCUACAUGAAGAAGUGACUCCCCACAUUGUACAUAGAGAUAUUAAGGCCAGCAAUAUACUUCUUGAUCAGAAUUUUACACCAAAAAUUGCAGAUUUUGGUUUAUCUAGACUAUUUCCUGAGAAAACUUCACACAUUACUACCCGAGUUGCCGGAACAUUGGGAUAUCUUUCUCCGGAAUACGCCAUCAGUGGACAUUUAACUCGGAAAUCAGAUGUUUAUAGCUUUGGAGUCUUAUUGCUAGAAAUAGUCAGCGGUUGCCCUGUUAUUGCUUUUGACAUUGAGAGAGGAGAAUAUUUCCUAGUUAACAAGGCAUGGGAAAUGUACAAUACUGACAAAUUAUUAGAGCUAGUAGACCCUGUCUUAAAUGGAGAAUUUCAUGGCGAUGAAGCUAUCCGAUUCUUGAAGAUUGGCCUACUUUGUGUGCAAGAAAUCGCCAGCCUCCGCCCCAAAAUGUCAGCAGUCAUAAAGAUGUUGAGCAGUACCAAUUAUAUGGAAUUAGAGGAUGUAAAGAUUACUCAACCUGGAAUUCUUGCUGAUCUGAAAGAUGUUAAGAUAGGUCAAAAGCAAUGUUCUAACAGCUUUUUAUCUAAUGCUGUAGCUAUGGCUAGAAAGUGUUGGUACAAAGUGUAUAUUUCAAACACACAAACUUGGCCAACAUUUUUUGAGAAGAUAUAAAUCAAUGAGGCUUUUAAGA